AUGGUGCAUGCUGACGCUGCGGGACUGCCCCAGGAUGUCGCUUCCAAAGAGCAGUUUUACGCGCAUAUCCAGCUGCAAAUUGCAGCGCUGCUUGAUGGGCAGCAAAAUUGGGUGACCAACCUUGCGAAUGCAAGUUCUGUACUAUACAACACCAUGAACAGAUUCUCCGCAUGGAAGGAGAAGCGUGUAAACUGGGCAGGAUUCUAUCUGCUGGCGCCACUGUUUCCAGGCGCGUCUGCAAUGCCGCCCAAACCCACGUUGUGGCUCGGCCCAUUUUGUGGCCUUCCUGCGUGCCAAGCUAUUCCAUCCGUCAUUGGCCGUGGUGUAUGUGCAGACGGCAGUGCAAAGUUGCCUCCAGCCACCGUCUGUGUUCCGCGCACAGACGAUUACCGUACGUAUCGCCGCUUUCUAACGCUAGCGGGCCACAUUGCGUGUGACUCCAUGUCCCAAUCAGAAAUUGUCGUACCCAUAAUCGUGCCGCGCGCAAGACUCUCUUCCAGCGCACAGGCGGCUCUGCAAGGUCAUGGGCCUCAGGCACUGAUCGAUGCGUGGGCCGGGCGCGGCGAUGGCGAGCAUGUGAUUGUCGGUGUGCUCGACAUCGACUGCGAGGCGGCGAAUGGAUUCGAUCAAGACGAUGUGCUAGCGUUGGAACGCAUCGUUGCCGCACUCAGCACCGCUUGUACAUGGUCCUAA